AGCAGACUGAACUGAAUUAGUGCCUCUCUCUCUCUCUCUCUCUCUCUUCCUUCAUCAUCUUCUGAUAUAGCCGGCGAGAUAUACAGGCACUGAAAUAGAGAGAGCCAACCACUGUCCGAAAGGAUUAAACUUUUGGCAAGAAGAAGAUGAAGAACAAGACCACUUUAGGUCUCUCCGUUUUCUUCUUCCUACUCUCUCUCGCCACCGUGACAUCAGAUCUAGCAGCUGACAGACGAGCACUAAUCGCUCUCCGUGACGGCGUCCACGGCCGUCCUUUACUCUGGAACCUAACCGCGCCGCCGUGUACUUGGGGAGGAGUCCAAUGCGAUGCGGGUCGGGUCUCAGCUCUCCGGUUACCCGGCGUGGGUUUAUCUGGACCACUACCAAUCGCAAUCGGAAACUUAACCCAGCUCCAUACCGUAUCUUUCCGGUUUAACUCCUUAACCGGUCCAAUCCCUCCGGAUUUCGCUAACCUGACUCUACUCCGUUACCUUUACCUCCAAGGAAACGCGUUUUCAGGCGAGAUUCCUUCGUUUCUCUUCACUUUACCUAACGUGAUUCGAAUCAACCUUGCGCAGAACAACUUCUCCGGUUCGAUCCCGGUUAACGUCAAUUCGGCGAACCGGUUAGCUACUCUUUACUUGGAAGAUAACCAGCUCACCGGUCCGAUCCCUGAGAUUAAGAUCCCGUUGCAACAGUUCAAUGUGUCGUCGAAUCAGCUAAACGGGUCGAUACCGGAUCAGUUAUCCGGUAUGCCCAUAACCGCUUUUGAAGGUAACUCUCUAUGCGGUAAGCCGUUAGCCGCCUGCUCCGUCACCGGAAACGGGACUGAGACUACCGGAAAAGGCAAAAGCGAUAAGUUAUCAGCCGGAGCCAUCGUCGGAAUAGUGAUUGCGGGUGUCUUGGGGCUUAUCUUACUCCUCUUGCUCCUGUUCUGUCUCUGCAGAAAGAAGAACAAGAAAGAGAACAAUGUGGAGUCGAGAAACAUCGAAGCAGCAGCUCCCGUCCCAGCCUCAUCAGCAAAGGAAACGUCGACGGUGGCUAACGUCCCUCCUCCGGUGGCUACGCCGUCGUCUGGUGCACCGGUGAGUAAAGAUCUAACCUUUUUCGUGAAAUCGUUCGGGCAAUUCGAUCUCGACGGAUUGCUGAAGGCGUCCGCGGAGGUUCUCGGUAAAGGAACGUUCGGAUCCUCGUACAAGGCGAGUUUCGAUCACGGACUGGUGGUGGCUGUGAAGCGGUUGAGAGACGUGGUGGUGCCUGAGAAGGAGUUCAGAGAGAAAAUGCAGGCUCUUGGAUCGAUCAGCCACGUGAAUCUCGUGACGUUGAUCGCUUAUUACUUCAGCCGCGACGAGAAGCUCGUUGUGUUCGAGUACAUGUCGAGAGGAAGCUUGUCCGCGUUAUUACACGGGAACAAAGGAAGUGGUAGAAGUCCGUUGAAUUGGGAAACGAGAGCUGGUAUAGCUUUAGGAGCGGCGAGAGCUAUUAGUUAUCUUCAUUCACGUGACGCGACAACGUCUCAUGGGAACAUUAAGUCUUCUAACAUUCUCUUGUCUGAAUCCUACGAGGCUAAGGUCUCUGAUUACUGUCUUGCCCCUAUGAUCAGUCCUACGUCUACGCCUAACCGUAUUGAAGGUUACCGUGCUCCUGAAGUAACCGAUGCUCGUAGAAUCUCUCAAAAGGCUGAUGUUUACAGCUUUGGUGUUCUCAUUCUGGAACUACUCACAGGGAAAUCUCCAACGCAUCAGCAGUUAAGCGAAGAGGGAGUAGAUUUACCGAGAUGGGUUUCGUCGAUCACUGAACAACAAUCUACUUCAGAUGUGUUUGAUCCAGAGCUCACAAGGUAUCAAGAUGGGGAUAAUGAGAAUAUGAUCAGGCUUUUGAAGAUUGGUAUAAGCUGCACUGCUCAGUAUCCAGAUAGUCGUCCUUCAAUGCCUGAAGUCACGAGGCUCAUUGAGGAGGUUUCUCGUUCAUCUGGUUCACCAGGUCCUUUGUCUGAUUGAUUUUUUCGAGGUGGGGUUUAAAUUGAUCGAUUUUCAAAAUUGUUGGUCUGAAUUUGAAUUCGUUUAGAUAGUUUGUUGAAGUUUAGUUGAAAAAUACGUUCAAUGUUUUUUUCUUCUUAAUUUUAAUUAGUUUUGAAAGGGGUUUA